UUCCAUCUCGCUGGGACCACGGAGGAGCGGCCGGGGUCUAGAAGGGCAGAUCUUCUCUCACCAGCUGGGUCAGCUGUGUCACUUGCCUGGAAAUGGUACCUGCCUAAGACUGUCAGCAAUGAGAAGUGUGGACUCGUGUUUUCCUUGACCUUUCGUCACCUUGGAGGACAGCAAAGCGGAACCCGGUUGCUAACCCCGUCCCUCCUCGGCCUUGGAACAGUGAGAAAAGUUCAAUGGUGCUUGUGGUGGGAGUGAGGGGACCGGGGCUGGUUUGGAGCAGCUUAUAUAUUAAACGAUCGUAUCAAAGGCAAGCGGCAGUCUGACGAGAAGUGUAACCCGAGGAGAAAGGACACUAGUGUGUUUGAGCACGCCGAGGGAUUCUUGCCUGACCUGUCACUCUUCUAAUGCCGUAGCCUGAGCAGGUCUUUCUGGUUUUUAUGAAGGUGGUGGGAGCUGAAGGGGGUGUGGGCUUGUUUCUGUUCAUCCACGGACGUCUCUGCAAUCUUCCUAUCUCUUUUUUAAUUCCCCUCUGGAUAUAACUUGGAGAAAUAGUGUCCGUCAAGUUUGCUGCCGCUUCGACUCAACCCAGCUGAACUGAUUUUGGAAGAUACUCUUGCUUGCAUCCCUCUGGAAGCACUUCUAGGAGGAAGAGAAGCUAAAUAAAUUUCUCAUCGUUGUUGUGUAGAGGAAAUACUUUUCUUUUGACUUUGGAGUGAAGUCCUAGGAGAAUCUAUGUGAUGUCCUAAUCUCUGCCCACCAUUCUGUGUGCCGAGCAUGGGGUAGCUGUAUUUGACCAUGGUGGUCACACAGUUGCAGUUGGAGCUGUGCUUUCAUGGCAAGAAGCUGAGAGGUUUCACCUGCAAGCUGACCAGAUCAGCCAGUGGAUUUCUCCCAGAGACCUCAUUCUCCAUUGCAUCCCAGAUUUUCGUGCCCUUCCUUCUGGCUGGCUUGGGCAUGGUAGCUGCUGGGCUCCUGAUGGAUGUUGUACAACACUGGGAUGUGUUUCAGACAAUUACGGAAGUUUUUAUCCUGGUUCCUGCGCUGGUUGGUCUAAAGGGUAAUCUUGAAAUGACGCUGGCGUCCAGACUCUCUACUGCUGCUAACACCGGACAGAUGGAUGAUACCCAGAAGCAGUGGAAAUUGGCCACCUGCAAUUUAGCCCUGAUCCAGGUCCAGGCCACGGUGGUGGGACUUCUGGCUGCUGUAGCUGCUGUGAUCCUGGGAGCCAUCUCCAAGGGCUCUGUGGAGCUAAGCCAGGCGGCUGUGCUGUGUGCCAGCAGCGUGACCACUGCCUUCAUAGCUGCACUUUCUCUCGGUCUGGUGAUGAUUGGCGUGAUCAUCGGGGCAAGGAAAGUUGGGAUCAAUCCAGACAACGUUGCCACUCCCAUAGCAGCGAGCCUUGGAGACUUGAUCACCCUUUCCCUGCUGGCAGGAAUCAGCAGUACACUCUUCAAAUACAUAGACCUGAAAUACCUUUCCCCUCUGAUCUGCGCUGUCUUCAUCAUCCUGAUCCCUCUCUGGGUUGCUAUUGCCAAGCAAAGUCCUUCCCUGGCUGAAGUGCUCAAGUCCGGAUGGCAGCCGGUCAUCGUUGCAAUGAGCAUCAGCAGCAUCGGUGGGCUGAUCCUGGACAAAACUGUAACUGACCCAAACUUUGAAGGCAUGGCAGUUUUCACACCUGUGAUUAAUGGCGUCGGAGGGAAUCUGGUAGCCAUCCAGGCCAGCCGUAUUUCCACAUUCCUGCACUUCUGGAGCAUGCCUGGAGUUUUGCCCUAUAAGAUGAGGCAGAAUUGGCCCAACCCAUGUACCACGUUCUUCUCCUCAGAGGUGAAUUCCAAGUCAGCCCGAGUCCUGUUCUUCCUCGUCAUCCCAGGACACCUUGUGUUCCUCUACACCAUCCAUCUGCUGCAGGGAGGCCACACGUCUCUGUCCUUCGUCUUUGUGACACUUUAUCUGACUGCUGCUUUGCUGCAGGUGGGAAUCCUGCUCUACGUGGCUGACAUCAUUGUGCGCCUCAUGUGGAGGAAGGCCCUGGACCCGGAUAACUUCUCCAUCCCCUACCUCACCGCCCUGGGGGAUCUCCUGGGCACGGGAUUCCUGGCCGCCUGCUUCCGCCUCGUUUGGCUGCUCCGCGGCGCGGACAUGAAGCUGGGCAACUGAGCGCACUGCUCCGCGUCCGUGCUUGAACAUGGUGCUUUCCUUUGGGACAACAGGGUAUUGUCGGCGAGAGCCGGGGCACCCGGCUGCCCUGGGCAGCCCCUCCUGCCCCGUGCCCGGCCUCGGCUCCGCGUCGUGCCUUACACCCCGAGGCACCGGCACCCGCACAGCCGGCCGGGCCAGGGGAGCGCCGCUUCUGGGAGCAUUAAGGACACAUAUCAUGAGCUUUUUGAUGGGCUUUCGUCCCUUGCGUGGUGACAGCCGGCGAGGCUGGUGCGGAGCCACUGGAUUCGGUCCUUCAAAUGGAUGGGACUUCUCCAUCAGGCUCUGGCUUUCCAUCAAGGGAAAUAUUUUCAUACCUGCCCCCGUUUUCUAUCCAUCCCAUCCGCGGGGGAGGAGAGCAGCCACCUCUUCAGGUUCAUCUGCUGUCUGCGGUUCAGACACAUGGGGUCUGACACAGCGAGCUCCUUGCUGGCCUGCGCCCAGCAG